ACCCCCCCAGCCCCGAGCUCCCGGACCCCAACCCCAGCCCCGGCCUCUAGUUGCUAGACCGCUGCAGCCUCCAGCUCCCGGACCCCCAGCUCCGGCCUCCGGCUCCCGGACCGCCCAGGAUGGAGACUCUCUACCACCAGACCAAUAAGCAGAUCCAUGAGGUGCAAACCCACAUGGGGCGGCUGGAGAAGGCGGACGCACAGUCUGUCCACUUGGUGGAAAAUGAAAUCCAAGCCAGGAUAGAUCAAAUAUUUAGCAGCUUGGAGCGGCUUGAAAUAUUGACCAGCAAGGAGCCACCAAACAGACGGCAGAAUGCCAAGCUCCGAGUGGAUCAACUGAAAUAUGACUGUCAGCACUUGCAAACGGCUUUAAAGAAUUUCCAGCACCGCCGCUAUACACGAGAACAACAGGAUCGAGAACGUGAGGAAUUGUUGUCGCGCACAUUCACAACCAAUGAUGCUGACACCUCAAUAGCAAUAGACGAGACCUUGCAGUUUAACACUUCUUUACACAAUGCACACAAAGGAAUGGAUGAUCUCCUGGGGAGCGGGUCCUCUAUUCUCACUGGACUACGGGAUCAGCGGAUGACUCUCAAGGGAGCACAAAAGAAGGUCCUAGAUGUGGCAAAUAUGUUGGGAAUGUCAAAUACCGUGAUGCGUCUGAUUGAGAAACGGGCCUUCCAGGACAAGUUCAUCAUGAUCGGUGGGAUGGUUGUAACCUGCAUCAUCAUGGUCUUGGCGGUUAAAUACUUGACAUGAACAGAUGCUUUUGUGAUGCAGCCUUCUACAGGAACCAGUCAGUAUUUCCUUGAGAAGCUUUCCAAAUCUCUGUCUGGCUCAUUGCUUUCAGAAUUUUCCCCCUCCCUCCAGCCCACCUCAAAACCUUUUACAGGAUGAAAUUUGGACAACUGAUCUCGAUGACCAAUCCAGUGUGCACAAUUAACAAUAAAGCUUCCGGUUGUUUCUGACAGGAAGACUGAUCGAAGACCUGAUGGAGACUAAUUCUAGUUAUACUGAAUAAAGUAUUGGAUACCAAUGAAUUGUAUACAUUGAUUAAGAUGUUUUGAGCCAGGAAAGCUACCUUUUGGCAGCUGUCUCCUCUUUCCCACCGCCACCCUUAAUUUAAAAUAAAAUGUUAUCAAAUUGCAGAUAGUUGCUGUGGUAGCUUCAAAACCAGCACUUCCCAAUAGAAUCUGUUAAUCCUUGACUCUGUCAAAGGUAGGAUUCUAUGAAUCCGUAACCAGUGACAUAACUGGUGCUUCCGAAACUGGCCAGGCUCAGACUGUGCAAUUCCCAAUUUCUUGAGUCCAUUAUUCCAGGGGGGAAAAGGUUCCUGUUCCAGAGUUCUUUUCAGAUCCAUUCCAAGGCUGAUUUUCUGUGGUUCAUGUCCUCUCAGCUAGACCUCAUAUCUGUUUUGAAGAAAGUAAGGAAUAUAUCCCUACUCCCCCCACCCGCCACCCCCCAAUGUGUCCUGCCAA